AUGACGUUAGGAGAUUGGUUUGUACUGGUGGCGCUUGCUUUCGUGUCUGAGGUCAGGAUGGAUCCUACGAGCAGUGCUCACGGCAAGCCUCUCAAACCGGGCGUUUACAAAACCCUGCAAACAAAGGGUUCCGCUGGAAAAUUGGUAGCGGAUUUCACUACGAAGCUUACGCCAGACAGACCGACAUUCCAUGUGGCGGAGGUGGACCUUUAUCGCGGUGAGAGCAUUACCAUCACGUGCCCAUGCGCGCGUGCAACGGUCUCUAACUUCUACCCGAACGAAUUAACCAAGUACUAUACAUCACCGCCUCGCGGUGGGUCGUGCCUCGAAGCAGCGCCAUACACGAAAGAUGACAUCGCCAACAACCUUUUGACGUUCGCGGAUGAACGGCUGGGGUUCCUCGAUGACAUCACCGACUCGCUGAUACUCAUAGAGUAUUGCAAAUCGUCGAGGCGGCUGUCGUUCCUAUGGACCGGAGAGAAGGUGAGAGCACUUUCCACGAUGUAUUUUGUCUGCCUGAAUGAAUGCCACAGACGGGAGAUAUACAACCCUUCGGCGCUCAUUGCCGUACGCGUCAUACCCGACCAACCCGUCAUAAUGGAUAAUUUUAUCCACAUCAGCCACAUCGAUUUCCGCCCAAUGAUGCACGAUCUCAUCUAUACAAAGGAAUACUCCGCGGUCGACCAACUGAUAGCACUGUGCAGGGGCCCAGAAGACGAAAAGGUGGCUGGGACGUGGACACCAGUUGAACAUGAAGCUAUGAAACACAACGUAUUACACUCGGACAAGGUCACGCCUUCUCGCAUUAAUCCUAAAUGGAAGGAUUCGGUUUCGCUGCACAACGUUUCCGUAAACUUUAAAAAUAUCGGUGGUGGAAGCCUAGUCGUGAAGAGCCGUGGCCUGUCAUCGCUCUUUCGCGUAUUCAAAGGGAAAUUUUACCUGAGCUGCACUUCAAGUAACCAACAAUUAGAGAGCAUAUUCCACCUUGUUUCCAACACCGUCUCGGUUAUCGACAUCAUCAAACCGGGUCCCAGGGCGGCGGGGGAUGAGAAUGGUGAGGCCACUCACCGACAGAAAGCGGUGCAGAUGUACGAAUAUAAUCUGACCCAUGCCAGGGCCGUGGCCCUGUACUGCCCACUUGAAACGCACAUGUUGUGGCCUUCGAGUCUUAUGUCGGUUGGUGCAGCAAAAUUCAUGAUGGAAAUGCGCCUCAUGUUUCCUAACACGCGCUUAUCGAAGCGAGGAGAGCACCUCAUGGUCAUUGAUUUCUCCAACACCUCGGCACUAGAGGACAUGACCCUGCAAAUCAGCUGCAAGAGCAGAACCCAGGAUUACACCUCAUAUGUUUUUGCGCUGAAAAAUACAAAGAUGUGCAUAUUCGACGAUGACAUGGAGCUUUGGCGGCCCUGCAAGAUCAUUCUGCGCCCCUCUGAGAAGUUGCUUGUAAGGUGCCCCCGCAGAUCUGAGAGGGAGUACUUCCCUCUACAGCCGGAAGACGUCCGACACGGCUACGUCAGGGUAGACGACGAUUACGUCGUGGAUAAACACGCUGGAAUCACCAGGAGUCUAGUUAAAGACAGCAGGGGGGAGUCGCACAAAAUCGUGUUCAGUGGAGUCCAUGGUCGCAGCCCCAUCAGGGACGAAGUUCACUACGAAUGCAGCAGCCAUCAACGCGACUAUUCGACAACCGAGAACAGCCCCAUCGUCAUAGUCAAACUGGUGGGCGAGUUCGAGGAAUUCGACAGCGCAGGCAAAAUUCUAAUCCCGGACAACUCCAUACUAAAGCCCACUGAUGGACCCAAAUUGUUCCAUAUCUUGCUGGCUGCGGGGCAGAAACGACGAAUCGACUGCUCCGACUUCUUUGUCAACCGUCCAGCUACUCGUUUGUACCCGAGUAAAGCGUGGGAGGUCUACGACGACAUACCACGCUUCUUCCCGGGUGUGCUCAUGGACAAAAUUCGUGGCAGGCCACUCUACGCCACCAGGGCCAUGCACGGGCUGACUAUGGUGAAACAGCCCAAAAACGCAGAAUCGGUCUUCGAGAUGUAUCUAGACCCCGAUUACGUGCUCUCGUCAAGAAGUGACAACGCUAUGUACUUUCUGUGCACAAGAAACCAUUUAUGGGACGACCAGAACAGCGACGUCGCCGUCGUCCAGAUUUAUAUACGAAGCAACACCCCCAACCACUACGGGGUGAGCGCCGAGGAUGCGUUGUUUCGUCUGGACUACUCCUACCCGAAGAGCACCUACAACAGUGCAACGUUCAACAUCGCCGAACACAACGUCGUGGCAUUGCACUGCCCCAAGGGGCCGGAUGAUAAAAUUCUGCCCGAAUGCCACGACGUAAAUGCGCCGUCACUAGACACACAGAGCACUGCUGUUCAACGCAGCAGUAACUUGUUACAGAAUAUCAUGGAAAAAAACACCCGCGGCGGAUUCAAGUCGUUGUGGUACAUCUCAACGGAUAUGUUGAGGAACGAAUCCCAGCAGCCAGUCGUGGACGUGGAGUGCCGGUGCCUCGACGAAAACAAUGAACUGCUGGCGGUGGUAUACCUAACAUCGCGGUCAGGCAUGGCACACGCCGCGGUGAAAUUCAUUACUGUAGCUGCGAUUUUAGCCAUCUUUGGCACGGCUUCAAUCACAUAG